UGCAAAUUAAUCUUUACCCCAAUCCAUCUGUUUGAUUAGCUUUGCAGGGAGUCACCCUCAAGGCCUGUAGCUCCUAGGCUCGGAGGAUGUCUAACCUGGCUGAAGACUUUUGGAACCAUGUCCCACAGGAAAUUCUGGCCAAUGUAUUUUCCUUCCUGCCUAUUAGAGAUAGAUACACUGUUUUACAUGUGUGCAAGAAAUGGGCUGCCAUCAUUUCUUCUUCUGCAGUCUGGAGUUUUACCGAACUCAGCUGUGACUUUGUGAACGAAGAUGAAGCCUUCAUUUUAGAGAAGUUACAGCUGUACCUGGGCCAUAUCAGACACCUGAAGAUUAUACUGUACCAGUCCUUGGAGUUAAACCGAAGACUUGUCACCAGAGUCUUAGAUGCGCUGGCCUGGAAGAGUUCGAAGCUGGAGGCACUGUGCAUUGUAUGCCAAGGGAAGAGUCCUUACUUCUAUUCUGGCCAAGAUGUCCUGCAAAGUGUCCGGGGGCUUUGCCACAGUGCAGAAAAGACUGAUCUGCAGUAUGUUGACUUCCGGCAAAUGCCUUUCACCCUGGACAACGGGACGGUGCUCCUCCUUGCUUCCAGCAGCCCUAACCUGCAUACCUUGUUGAUCAACAACCGAGCUCCUGGGUUGAUCAUCCUGAAACCUGAGACAAUUGUUGAGGUUCUGCGGGUUUGUCCCAAGAUUUCUGUUUUAGGGACUUAUUAUGCCAGCCUCUCUAAGGAUCUCUUCCAAGAGUUGGUGAAGCCGAGCCGGGGGCCGUUCAAGGGCUUGGACAUUUUCUUCGACGGCUUGGAGAAGCUCAUUCCUGAAGAACUUUGGGCCAUGCUGAGCCAGAGACACCCACAGUUCCGUGUGAAGUUGGAAUUUGCCCCAACAAUCCCCACCGUCAAAAUUCUCCGUGUCCUCAGGAUGUCAAUCCCCAUUGCCUCUCUGCAGUUCAAUUCCUUUCAUCACAUAGCUGAUCAGAUGAAGCUGGUCACCAGCUGCCACAGCCAGACCCUGGAGAGGCUUAUCCUUCAUGUGGCCCCUUCAGAUGCUCUCAACUCCUCACUGAUGGAGUUGGCGAGAACGUGUAUACACUUAAAGGAGGUCCACUGCUACUGUGUGGUUAGCCAAGCUGUGAUUGACACAUUCCUCUUGUACUGCCCUGGUUUGAGAAGUUACACCCUGUCCAUCAACAUCUUCUCCACUAUUCCACCAGUAAUGUCCCCCUGACUUGGCCAGAGUGCAGGUGAAUAUCUCCAGUUUCCAAGCGUAAAUGCAAAAUGGUUUUUGGUAUCAGGAGUAUGAUGCAUCUUCUCUUUCUUCCCACAGGGUGAGCAAUUUAAAUAAAAUUACUGUUUUAUUUAAACUGCUUUCCUUUAUUUUGAUACUAUUGUACCGAUACACUUUACAAAUAGCCUGAUCCAGGAACUUUCAGGAAGAGCUUUAAAAAAAAAAACACCUCUGUAGAGCCACAGUCCCUCGUGGAAAGGAAUGCACAGAAUCACUGUGAUCGAUGCGGCACUUUACUUGCUGUGCGGUCUGGGGUUUUUUAUUACACAGCUGCAGAUUUUAA